AUGUCCAAGUCAAAGGCACCCCUCCUCAUCGGCCUCACCGCCGCUGGUGGUAUCGGAUACUACCUCUACGGAGCUGGCGGCAACGCCACGGUAGCCCAGAAGAACGCUGAGGCCGAUGCCCACAAGCUCUCCGCAAAGGUCAAGAGCGAGAUCCCCGGCCGCGCCAACGAGGCCGAGAAGAGGGCCGAGAGCUAUGGCGCCCAGGCCGGUGCCAAGUUUGACAGUGCUGCCAGCACCCUGAAGAAGGUGGACGAGUUCGACCGCAAGGUGGAGCAGAAGACGGCAGAGGCCAAGAGCGGCAUCUCCAGCUGGUUCGGCGGUAGCAAAUAA